AUGAUGAACAGGAAUGCGAGGGAAUCUCUGGUCGGAGGGAGGAAUAUUCCGUUCGGGUCGCAGCACCGGCGAGGUCUGGGCUUGAAUUUGGCUAAAGAAUCCGACGAAGGCAGCUUGGAUCUCUUCUCGAAGAAUCGCCGGACGCUCUCUGUAACUUCCUCCGAUGAGUCUUCUGAUGUUUCGGUGAAAUUGGGGAGGCUUUCAGUUGGAUCGGCCAAAGUGGGAAGGACUGGCAUUGAUGAUCUGCUGUCAUCUGCAGAGGGUGGAAAGCACGAUUAUGACUGGUAA